AUGGAGUAUUUCGUCGUCGAGAGAAAUAUUACUGUUGUUCCAAUUCUGAAAACCAUUGGCUUAGGCCUUGGUGUUUUAAUCUGGGCUGCAUUUAAUCUCCUGAUGGGAUGGGCAAGUUCUAGAUUUGGUUGGUUUGGCAUUGACCCUGAAGAAGUGGCAAAACCUUGGUUAAACUACCUUGGAGCGGCUCUGUCUUUCAUGAGUGCCAUCAUAUUCUUCUUUGUCAAGAGUGAUGUAAAUACAAGAAACUAUUCUGAAUCAACACUUCCGCUACUAAUUGACAGUAAUAUAAAUACUAGUGAAGAAAUGAUCUUGUCAGAUGAAUCCUGGGUAGACAAACUUAGUCCUCUAAAGAAAAGACUUGUAGGCUCAUUCCUUGCAGUGACUGCAGGGUUAUUGUAUGGUUCUAGCUUUGUGCCAGUGAUUUAUAUCAAGAACCAAGCUCUGAAGAAUGAAACAGAAUAUAAAAAUGCAAGCCAGUUUGAUCUAGACUAUGUUUUUGCACACUUUAGUGGCAUUUUUCUCACGAGUACAGUCUACUUUGUGAUCUAUUGUGCAAUAAUGAAGAACAAGCCAAAACUUUACCCAAAAGUAGUACUGCCAGGCUUUGUUUCAGGUGUGAUGUGGGCUGUUGCAAACUGCUGCUGGUUCCUGGCCAACGACUUCCUCAGUGCAGUUGUUAGUUUUCCAAUAAUCACCGCUGUACCUGGUUUCAUUGCUGCUUUAUGGGGGGUGCUUGUCUUCAAAGAAAUAAAAGGACUCCAGAACUAUGUUAUUCUUAGCAUAGCAUUCUGCACUGUAUCAGCCGGAGCAUUAACAACUGCAUUUUCCAAGGUGUAAUUAAUUGUAGUUGCAGAGAAUGAACCAGAAGAUGGCAUCAUUUUGAAAUUGGUUGCUUUUAGUUGGAACAGUUUGGAUCAAAGUUCUGCUUUUGAUGUUACCACAGUCUCAGGCACUGUGCAGUGCCUUUCAACAGCUUUUUGUACAGCUUCCUGGAGAAGUAAGCCACGAAGUUGCAAAAUUUUUGAUUUAAAUCCUUUUUAUGAGUCUGUAAUUGUUUUUUAAUUGUGAAAUGUUUACUGACCUUAGUACUGUUGUUCUCAUUCAGAAAUACUUAAAUAUUGCCUGAGGUGCUUUACUUGGGAUCAAAGUUACUACAAAUAAGAAUUUCUAAUUAAUAAAACAUUGUAGUGUAGCUUAUUAAAUAUUUCAUUCAGUAACAGACCAAACAAGGACACCAGGAAGUGAUUAAUACUAGUUAAAAAUUAAUAACUGAUUCUUCCUUUGUUCUUUGGCAGAAUUCUCAUUUCUGAGCUUGAAGUUGUAGGUUCAAGUCCCAUUCAGACAUUUGAGCACGUAAAAUUGGAAUGGCACUCUAGUGCAGUAUUGAAAGUGUACAGGCACUGCCUUGAGUUCCUCCUCUCUACUGACGAACAUGUAGUGAUCAAUAAGACCCCUGUAAUACAUUAUCUAUCAUUAUUGCAUUGAGCGCAAUAUGUGAACGUACAAACAUGCAGGUGGAGUCUCCAUGGUUCUCAGACUAUAAGUAAAUGCAAGUUCAUUCUUUUAAUUAGCACAAAACAAAAUACAAAAUUUCACUAUCUAUACGUGUGAGACUGGAAAAGCACAGCAGGUCAGACAGCAUCUGAGGAGCAAGUAAGUCCACGUUUCAGGCCAAAACCCUUCAUCAGGACUUUAAAUUUCACUGUCUUUUGCCAAAAUUGGACAGUACACUAACUAUACCAUUGGCUCAACCACUCAUUGAACGCCAAAUAUGACCGAACUAUAUUGAACACUGUCGAUCCCUUUUUGCCACUAUCUUCAUUGGAACUGGACUUUUUUCAAACUCAGACUUGUAGUUCACCCUGAGCUGAACACCCAACCUUGUAUCCUCUACUACCUCUACUUCAAGAAUAAAAUAGUAUCUCCCUUGCUUCUGUUACUGAAGCUCUUACUUGUUUACUUCUCACCCCCAGAGUCAACUACAGGAAGUUCUCACAUGGUUGAGAUCCCAUGCCCUUAGUUAAAAUACUGCAUCACUUGUAUUUGAAAUGCUAAAUUCAUACAUUGGCAAAUGAAAUAGCUAUUAAAAUAAAACUUUAAUUAUUAAAGACAAAAUUAACCUCCUACUUACAGUGCAUCAUGUUGUCCCUCCAAAAGUGGAGCCUGGGUCUACAGUGGAGUCCUUUGUUCAUAGUCAGCUACAGGAUCUGUGGAACCAUCGCUUGAAUCAUAGAAUCAUAGGGAUCUAUAGCAUAGAAAAAGGCCCUUCAUUCCAUCAUUUCUGCACCAGUCAAAAACAGCCAUCUAACUAUUUUCAAUCACUUGGCCCAUGGCUUAGUAUGCCUUGGCAUCACACAGGCACACUUAAAUGUGAUAAGGGGUUCUGCCUCUACCACCGUGUCAGGCAGUGAGUUCUAGAUUCCUACCACCCUCUGGGUGAAAAUGUUUUUCCUCAUAUCUUCUCUUAACUCUGCCCCUCACCUUAAAUCUAUACCCCUGACCCCUCCAUAAAGUUUCUUCCUGUCCAUCCUCUCCAUGCUCCUUGGAUUUCUAUACAUCGCAAUCAUGUCCCCUCUCAAUUUACUCUGCUCUAGAAAAAAAGACAACCCCAGUUUGUGCAGUUUCUUUCCAUAACUGAAACUGUCCGGCCCAUGCAACAUCUGGAUAAAUGUGCUCUCCACUCUAUCAGAUCCCUCUUAUUAUGUGGAUUCCAGAGCUGCAUAUGAUACUUCAGCUAGGGCCUAACCAACAUUUUAUACAGGUCCAGCAUAAUCUUAAACUCUGUACCUCAAUUAAUAAAGGCUAAAUACCUUCUUAACCACUUAACCACCUGUCUUGGCACAUAAAGGGACCUGUGUACAUGUUAUAUAAUGAUAUAUCAUUUAUAUAUAUAUAAUGAUCCUCAGUGGUCCCCAGAGUCCUACAGUUAAUCAUGUAUUCCCUUGCCUUGUUUGUCCUGACCAUGUCUGGUGGUUUUUUGGGGUUGCAACAUUCCCUCUAUCUGGCUGCCACAGUCUCUGGGUUCCGUUUGGGCAUCUCCUUGAUGAAGGUGAUCAUCUUGGCUAGCUGUGGGGCUUUCCUCCUGCUGACUCGGGGCCUGAUGGAUGGGGGCUCUCUGAUGUAGACUUUAGUAGUACAGCAUAGGAUGAUGUGAGAUGGUGGAGCACUGGAUGCUUCAGGUUAGAGCGUGGGAGCAGUUGUACCAAAAUGGUAGCAAUCAGGUCAGUGACUAUAGUAAACAACAUUAGUACAAACCUUGUGAAGGCGAACGAGAUUUCAAGCCUCAGUAACUUACUAAUGUGAAGCAAUACAGCACUAAACAGAGAAAUAUUAAACAAGAACUUCCUGUACUCCAUACUGUCUUGCCAAGCCUCCAGAUUCCAUAAAUUUCAACUAAUGCAAAAUUUCACGACCUGUAUCUAAUUUCUGCUUCAAGUCCUUCUCAUAAAUCACUUGAUUACUCACUAAGCUACAUUGAUUCCUAAUUCGCCAUGAUUCAAAUUCAAAAUUCUUUAUGCUUCAUUAUUAGCAUCUAUUGAUUUUUGUUCCUUAUAUCCUCCAUAAACACUGCUUAUUUCACUGAGCAUCAAUUCCUGUGUGAUUAUAUUUCUGUGUAGUGUCUUUUUAAUAUAUAAUGUGUAAAACAUUAUAAUUAAUGUGCUAAUCAUUCUAAUUGAUUAAAUGCGGGACAAUUUAGGGUGAUUUUGUAGUGAGUAAUCUCUAAAGAUUAUUUAAAAUUGUUUUUGGAAUAAUGUGAUUAUUUUCUGUUUCAAAAUAUCAUUUCUCUUCCUGUUGGCUUAAGCAGGCAUACAUUGUAUAAAUAGGAAGUACAGAUCAAUUGCAAAUAAUGAGAAUUAUUUACUCUUGGGAGAAACGUUCACAUCUUCCCACUGGAUUUUAACGCACACAAUUGAGCUACCUGCUUAGAACAUUUUCUCAUUCAACAAAGUCCCAAUUAAAAAUAGGGUGACCUUGAGCUUCAUUCCCUACCAAUCCAAAUCAGAAAUUCAUGUAUUGCCCAGGGAUUACUAAUUAUUCAUUUUGCUGGUUAUAAAAUGGUAGGCAACAUCCAUGUUUCUGAUGUGUGCAACUGACAGUAUGGCUGAAUAUGUUUCAUGUUUUGCUGUAUGUAAUGCUUAAAAGCAAACUUUCUUCUAAUUCAGUGUACCGUCUAUUUCAGCUACAAUGAAGAGUCAUCUAGACUCAAAACGUUAGCUUACUGUCUCUCCACGGAUGCUGUCUGACUUGCUGUUUUCUCCAGCAUUUGUUUUCAGUUCAUCAAAGUUAGCACUUGGAUUGAGCAUGGAUUUGAAAAUUUCACAACUUUCAAAUCAAUUUAUGACAGCACAGAUAUAAAUAUUGAGACAUCUCAUUGAAUGGGUCAUGUUGACCUGAACCAGUUGGAAGCACAAAGGGACAGGAGAGUCAGAUGUCUGAAAUUAUAAAGUGGGAUUAAGUCUAUCAUUAAAAGUCGAGAUUCUGUAAUGUAAAUUAGCCAGAUAGAGAUUAUGACUGUGAUCUACUAUGGUGAAUUAUUGAUACUAAAUUUGUGAAGUAAAGAUUAAAAAAUUAAAAUAACGUUUAAGAAGUGCACAGCGUGAUAAGCAGUAGAAGAGAUUAAUUCUUCCAGAGUUCAAUUAAGUGUUUUCUACAUUCCAGUUUUGCAGUUUUGUCUUUUUAUUGCCAACAGAAAGUGAAAUGAUAAUGUUCGUAUAAUUCAAAGUGUUCACAGAAAACAAAAUGUCACCGCAGAAUACUGAAAUGAUGCAGUUUGCAUUCCUUUUCUAAUUAAAAACUUAAUUGUUCUACACCAAAA